CGCACCCGUGACAGCUUUGCGAUUAUUCGGUUUGAGUAUAGGACCACUAGUCAGCAGUUGGAGAUCGGAGACGGAGAUUAUGGAAGAGGUCGACGAAACGGAACCGGAACCUCAGAUAUACAUGGCUUGUGUUCUUCAUGGUCAUCGAGUUGGGGUGGCAUAUUAUGAUUGCAGUGUUCGGCAUCUCUAUGUACUUGAAAUAUGGGAAGAUGGUUGUGCAGAGUUUCCUUUAAUUGAUAUGGUGAAAUAUCAAGCCAAGCCACUCAUAAUUUACACCAGCACUAAAAGUGAAGAGUCCUUCUUGACUGCCUUAGAACGUAGUGAUGGAACAAAUGAAACUCCCGUAAAGCUCGUAAAAAGCUCAAUAUUCAGUUAUGAGCAAGCAUGGCACAGAUUGAUAUAUCUUCAUGUAAGUGGCAUGGAAGAUGGAUUAAACAUCAAGGAGAGAAUCUGUUAUUUGAACUCCAUGAUGGACAUUGGAAGUGAUGUUCAAGUUCGCGCCAGUGGAGGGCUUUUGGCAAUAUUAGAAAAUGAAAGGAUUAUUGAUACCAUUGAAGAAAGGGAGUGUGGGAGUACAUCAAUAACAAUUGACACUGUGACAGAGAUAUCACUGUGUUGUAUCUUAUCCUUUUGUUUGCAUUUUCGGUUUAUAAAUUUCCUUCAUCUUAUUUCUUUUAAAGUUCUGAUCUCCUCAAUCUCUUUGUGUAAACCUAGAGACAAGCUUCUUAAGGUUGAUGCUGCUUCUCAUGAAGCAUUGCAAAUAUUCCAAACUGACAAACAUCCCAGCCAUAUGGGCAUUGGUAGAGCAAAAGAAGGGUUUUCUGUAUUUGGGAUGAUGAAUAAGUGUGUAACUCCUAUGGGUCGACGAUUAUUGAGGAGCUGGUUUCUGAGGCCCAUUGUUGAGCUUCAUGACCUUAACCGUCGUCUUGAUAUAAUAUCCUUCUUGAUUUGUUCUGAAGAGCUAUUGGAUUCUCUAAGUGAAACAUUGAAAUCGGUAAAGGAUGUUCCAUAUAUAAUGAAGAAAUUCAACUCACCAAGUUCUACAUGUACUGCUGGUGAUUGGGCUGCUUUUCUGAAGAGUGUUAGCUCACUUCUUCAUGUGCGGAAGAUAUUUGAAGUUGGUAUUUCCCAAAGACUACAAGAACAAGUGGAUUGUUUGAACUUGGACUUCAUUCAAAAGGCUGAUUCAUGCAUUUCUGCUGAUCUGGCUUAUGUCUACGAGUUGAUAGUUGGUGUUCUUGACAUAAACAGAAGCAAGGAGAAAGGUUAUGCAACACUAGUAAAAGAUGGCUUCUGUGAAGAGUUGGAUGAGCUGAGGCAAAUAUAUGAGGAGUUGCCAGAAUUUCUUCAAGAGGUGUCAUCGCUUGAACUUGCGCGACUUCCACUUAUCCCAAGGGAGAGAACUCCUCCAUGUGUUGUUUAUAUACAUCAAAUAGGAUAUUUAUUCUGUAUCUUCCAGGAAAAACUUAAUGAAAGAACCUUAGACAGUUUUGAAGACAUCGAGUUUGCAUUCUCAGAUGAGGAUGGAGAAACAAAAAGGUUCUUUUAUCGCACCUCAAAAACAAGAGAGCUGGAUAACCUUCUUGGAGAUAUAUAUCACAAGAUACUAGACAUGGAGAGGAUCCUUAUUAGGGAUCUGGUAGCACAUAUCAUUCAGUUCUCACCACACUUACUCAAGGCUGUAAAUUUUGCUGCUGAAUUGGACUGCUUCUUAUCAUUGGCUUUGGUUGCUCGACAAAACAACUAUGUGAGGCCAACUUUGACUACUGAAAACUUGAUCGUUAUACAAAACGGAAGACAUGUUUUGCAGGAAAUGACAGUAGACACAUUCAUCCCAAAUGAUACAAGGAUAAGUGAUGAUCGUGGUAGAAUCAACAUCAUUACUGGUCCCAAUUAUUCUGGGAAAAGUAUCUAUAUAAAGCAGGUGGCAAUAAUUGUUUUUCUUUCACACAUUGGAAGUUUUGUUCCAGCUGAUUCUGCUGCUGUUGGAUUGACUGAUAGAAUAUUUUGUGCUAUGGGUAAUAAGCUUAUGACUGCUGAACAAUCUACUUUCAUGAUUGAUCUCCAUCAAGUUGGAAUGAUGCUAAGGCAUUCAACAUCACGCUCCUUGUGCUUGUUAGAUGAAUUUGGCAAAGGCACUCUUACAGAAGACGGCAUUGGUCUCCUUGGAGGAACAAUACACUAUUUUGUUGAUUCCUUCAACUGUCCAAAGGUGUUGGUCUGCACCCACUUAACAGAGUUAUUUACCAAUAGUUGCUUACCAGAGUCUGAGAAAAUAGAGUAUCACACCAUGAAUGUACUAAGGCCUGAGGAUCACUCUUCACCUGGUGAAGAUAUUGUAUUCCUCUACAGGCUUGUACCAGGGAAUGCACUUCUUAGCUAUGGAUUGCACUGUGGUAGACUUGCUGGGAUGCCAGAAGAGAUUAUAAAUAGAUCAGAAUAUGUAUUAGAUGCAAUUGGAAAUGAUAAGCAUAUCAUUAGACUCUGCACUGAGAAGAUAUCUAGCCAAGAUCAGCUAUACAAAGAUGCAAUUGAGAAGAUGAUGUCAUUUGAUAUUCACAAUGGGGACCUAAACCUCUUCUUCCAGGUUCUCUUUUCUUAAAUUUAGUUUUGUUAAUCAUCAUUAUCAUCAAUUUUAGAGCAAGUUCUGUUUUGUAGGAGAUAUAACAUUGUUGGGAUAAAACAAGCUAUCCAACAAUAUUUUUAUUUCAUAUACAACUUAUAUC